UCGAAACUCAUCCAAAAUUCCAAAUCCAACAAUAUGAUGAUGGUUGACGGUAUGUAGUUUCUUUCUACACUCCAAAGGCAUCCCAGAAAAUGUCGAACCCGUCGGAAGAGCCCGACCCGAGUUCAUCGUUGAGCCUUAUGAUCCUGCCCUCCGCCGUCAUCUCCACCAUCAUGACGAAGCUGGACGUUGCCUCCAUACGAUCCGCGGCAUCUACUUGCCGGGCCCUCAACUCCUGUGCCUUCCACAUCCGCACUUUUAUGCCCAAUUUCCACCUCCUUGAUAUCGGCAUUUCCAAUGAUUUGCUGAGGCCAUUGUUGAUCCCGGCCAACCCUUAUCUAAGGACUUUGCAGCUGGACUGCAGUCGGCUUGAUGAUGCGUCACUCAAUUUGGUUGUUAGGCCAUCUUUAACGGAGCUUUCCCUUUAUAAUUGCGGAGAUUUUACAGGAAAAAUUCUAUCUUUCAUCGGCAACACCUGCAAAGACCUCAGGUUGGUAGCUACUUUUUCCUCACUCUUUUUCUUUUUUUUUUUCAUCGAACAAAUUGUUUGGUCUGUUUGUUGCAUUGAUGUCAACUUUGUUGUAUUUUAAGCAAACCAUGUUGUUUUGGGUGUGGCAGCCAUUGGCCAUUUUGUUGUUUUCUAGAAUGUUUAGUAAAUGGAUUAUUAUUAGCUUUUCCUUUGUUUCCCGUUUUCUGUUCAGGUGUUUGUACUUGAGUUCACUGGCUGAGAGAAGAGGGAGGUCGAUUGAUGUGACUGACCUUGAGGAAUUACUACUUGGUUGCUCCCAGUUGGAAGUAAGGUUUCAUGUGGAUAGCUUUUUUGUAAAAUAUCUAACUGGAUAUCAUAAACAAUACUUAAUUAGUUUGAAGUUGUAGAGAGAGUCUCAUAUAUUUUUUCAUUAAGAUCCUGAGAACAUGUUAUUCAGCUAAAUGGAAAGGAUGUCUUAUGAAUGUAAUCUCGUAAAGAUUGAUGUGAGACUGAACUUUACUAUGCAUAAAACAUGGAUAACUGACCCAUAGUACAUAUUGCUGGUUUUCACGGGCCCAAGCGACUGACAUGCAUUUUGGUUCGUACAAUGCGCACCAUACUUAGGGAAGUUUAGAUGGUAGGUUUUCAUCCCACUUUUUUUUUAUUCGAACAUGAAAUUCAAUGAACGUUAAAUUAAAAAUGAAAGCUUUAUCAUUCUUGUGGUGUCUGAUGUUGUUUUCUCGGUGGUUGGAUGCUAAGGUCUUUUUGUUGCCCUGCGUCUUUCUGGACUUGAUGUGUUUUCAGCUUCUGGAAUAUGUGGACUCUUUAUUGAUGUGAUUUAUAAAGAUAAAAGUUUGACGGUUUGUAGCAUAAAUGAUUUUUUUCUUGGGUGCGUGAAUGAUGUUGUUAUACCGUUUUUGUAGACACUGGUCCUGAUUUUUGAUGUCUCGAUGUUUGCUCGACACAAUUUUGCUCGUGCAUGGGCUUUGGCUCCUUCAAAACUCCUCUCUCUUGAAUUGGGAUUCAUUUCUUCAAUAAUGGUGACUGAACUACUUUGCCCUGCUGUGCCUCCUCAUCAAUUGUCACAUCAGACAAGAGCAUCCAUUUUUCCAGGCCUGCAGAAGUUGUGCCUUUCAGUAGACUACAUUACGGACACCAUGGUGUGCACGAUAUCUGAAACCCUUGCCUCAUUAACCCAUCUAGAUCUUCGGGAUUCGCCAAUUAUGGAGCCUAGAGUAUCAUUUGAUCUCACCAACAUUGGUCUUCAACAGAUAAACCCACAUGGUAAACUGAAGCACCUUUCUUUAGUUAGAAACCAAGAGAUUUUCCCAACGUUCUUCAAGCGAGUAAAUGAUUUGGGAAUCCUUCUUAUGGCUGACAAAUGCUCGAGCAUGGAAAGCAUUAGCCUUGGUGGCUUUUGUCAAGUGACAGAUACAGGCUUUAAGACACUUCUCCAUUCAUGUGUUAACUUAUAUAAACUUAGGGUUUCUCGUGGGACCCAUCUCACGGAUCUGAUCUUUCAUGACAUCACUGCAACUUCUCUCUCUUUGACUCAUGUUAGUUUAAGAUGGUGUAACCUCUUAACAAACUUUGCUGUUGUUCGAUUGGCUGCUAACAGUCGCUUGACUGUUCUUGACCUGAGGGAUUGUAGAAAUUUAGGCGAUGAUGCGCUCAGGGCAAUCAGUGUCCUUUCUAGGUUGAAGACAUUGUUGUUGGAUGGUUGUGAUAUCAGUGACAUGGGAUUAUGCCACUUGAGCAAGGGAAGGUCGGGUUCUCUUGUUUCACUAUCAGUACGAGGAUGUAAGAGGCUGACGGACAAAUGCAUAUCUGUCUUGUUUGACGAUUGUUCGAAUCAAGAAUUAAGAGAAUUAGAUCUGUCGAACAUUUCAAAUCUCUCAGACGCUGGAAUAUUGUUGCUCGCAAAAAGUCACAUCCCGCUUUUUGAGCUUCGGCUUCGUCAAUGUCCUCUUAUUGGCGAUACAUCAGUUAUGGCAUUGGCGUCGAUGAAAAUCGAUGAAAAUGGAUGGCACAGUAGCAGUUUGCGACUGCUGGAUCUGUAUAAUUGUGGGGGUAUAACACAACUUGCAUAUAGAUGGUUGAAGAAGCCGUAUUUUCCGAGAUUGAGAUGGUUGGGGGUCACGGGAACUGUGAACAGGGAUCAUAUGGAUGCCUUGACCAGGAAUAGGCCGUUCUUGCACGUGAAUUACCGGGGCGAGGAGCUAGGGAAAGACCAUUGGGGGGAUAAAAUAAACGACUUCUAUGUCCAUGAGCACGAGGAAGUGGAUGAACUUGAAAGGUGGUUGAUUGAUGGAGAGAGCGACGAGGACGAUGAACUUGAACAGUGGUUGGAUGAUGGAGAGAGUGAUGACGAUGAAGAGAUGGAAGAAGCUGAAAUUGUUGAAGUACUUUGACGGGUAAUCGAUGCAUUUGCUUACUGUUUUGUAAUCGUCUACAUGUGUAUAAACUAUUUGAAUUUUAUGUCGUAGAAAUUGUAUUAGUGUUAUCCCGUAUCAGAUUUGGACUGUCAGUGAUGUCAAUGUAAGAGUAUGUCAGUAAAUUAUAAUUUGGUUUGGAUUUAAUAUAAGGAACUACCGAGGAUGAAGGCUUGACAGUUAGUGGAUUGGCUCAGAGAAGUCAAGCCAGUUCCUUGUAAGCUAUGUAUCUGUGAUGUUACUGUUGUUGUUAUGUACUGAAAUGGUGAAAGCCAACCAUUAAGAGAAUGGUGC